AUGCACUCUGGGAGUUGUAGUUUACACAGGCCGUGCCAGGUUGUUGCCUGACGUCUGGACGAGCAUUAUACAUGAGGAUCUCUGCAGAGGGAAGUCCAUCAUAGACAUGAAAAUAGAGGCCAGACGUGCUUGAGGUUUUGGAAACAUGUCCAAGAAAAGGGGCAGGAAGCGCAGCAGCGGCGAGCUGAGCGACAGUCUCACCCCAGAUCCCAACAACCUGCUGGGCCGACGGAUCCAACACAGCUGGAGGGAGAAGGGCGCGCUGACCAAGUGGAAGGGCACCGUGCUGGACCGCCUCAGUGUCAACUCCUCCCUGUUCAUGGUCAAGUACGACGGCUUCGAUUGUGUCUAUGGCAUCGAGCUCUUUAAAGAUGAGAGGGUCUCUAACCUGCAAGUUCUCACCGAGAAAGUGGUGAACAACAAGAUCAAGGUUCCUCAUGACGCAGAGGAGCUGGUGGGAAAAGCCGUGGAGCAUCUGUUUGAGAAGGAGGACGGUGAGAAGAACGAGUGGAGGGGGAUGGUCCUGUCCCGAGCGCCCAUCAUGACCAACUGGUACUACAUCACAUACGAGAAAGACCCCGUGCUCUACAUGUACCAGCUCUGGGACGACUACAAAGACGGAGACCUCCGGAUUUUACCUGAAGCGGAGAAUAAACACCUGCUGCCCGCAGACAGGAAGCCCGGCGAGGAAACGGAGAGCCUUGUGGGUAAGCAGGUGGAGUAUGUGACGGAUAAAGGAGUGAAGAGAACAGGCCUCGUCAUCUAUCAAGUUCCCGCCAAGCCGUCUGUCUACUACAUCAAAUACGAUGACGAUUUCCACAUCCACGUGUACGACCUGGUCAAGACCACCUAAAAGAAACACAGACAAAACAAAGAAAACCGAAACAAACCCACUGCUUCACCUCUUCGUAGCUUAAGUAUCAUCGCCUCUCAUUGUACAGUCUGCCAUGCCGCGCCGUGAAGGGCUGGCCGCGGAGGUACUGUAUGAAGCGUCCGUGUACAGGGUUUGUUCUUUUGAGUUGAUGUCAUUGUCCACAGCUUAGGGAGACGAUUUUUACAAUUGUCAUAUCAAAAGAGUGUAUUUAUACGUGUGAGUCGGCCAUCAUUUGGUAUGUUUAUAAUCCCUUGGAAUAACCCGUAAGCCCCGGAAAAAGUCAAUCUCGUCACAUUUUCGAGAUUUGGUGAGACUGCGAAGGAGUUUCUUGGUUUUGAAUUGUAAAUAGUUCUGGUCAAAAAGAAAAAAAGAAGACAAAUGAAAGAGACAUUUGAUUACAAAUGAAACUCUCUAACUGACCUAUUUAUGUAUUAAUAGGCUUCAUAACAAAUGUUUGCUCUCAGAAACGCAGUUUGAGUUGGCGUUAUGUAACGCAUAGUGUCGCUCUUUUAGUUGCGUUUUCCCCUAAAUCAGAUCAGAUCUGCAACGAGACAGAAGCGUUUCUGCUUUCCGCCACCUUUAAAAGGUGCUUCUUGAUUUUGAAAGCGAAAAUCCAGUCAGUAAAAGCACCAAACUAAGACUAUAUCUUGUUUUGAACAGAUGUAGCAUAGAAGCACUGUUGGCAUGUUUCUGAAAUGGUUUUCUGUAGUGAUUUAACCUCAGAGGAGUAUUAAAUGACUAAAGCGGCGGCACCGAGCGACGUCAGGUCCUGUCUCGUAGCGUCAUAAAAUGCUCUACGAGUAGGGUUGCCCAUUUCCUGUGUGAAAUCAUUCGUGUUUUGUUACACAUUUGUUUUGUUGAUGACUAGAACACCAAGCCACAUACUACAGCUGCAGUUUUGAAUGUCAAGCAUAGCCUUUUUUUGAUUUUAGUAGGAUGACCAAUGCAAUUAGAUAUGACAAUGCACAGCAGUUUGAAUAUGUUUUAAUUGAUGAACAAUCACACAAAAACAAGAGUUUAUGUUGCGUAGCCCAGUCUGAUUUGACAUUCAGGCCUUGGUUUAGUAAAACACGAAUCCAAUCCAGCAGGCUGGAUAGACCUGUUAGACCUCUGCAAACAUCAUAACAUCUUCUCCAUUGCCUUGCUGUGAAUUAAAGGCAGGUCUUAAAUGACAAGAAGCUCAAAUUCACCUCAUGUUAUUGUCCCAGCUGAUCUGAGCACAGCCAUUUUUGUUCUUUUUCUUGACUUCAGAUAAGUUUCCCCACGACUCUGUGCGAGCUUUAUCGUCACAGCCCCUUUAAAGUGAUUAAACAGCAAAUCUUUUAAUGUCUUUUGUGACUAAUUCUUGCUUUUUGCAUUGCUUCACGUUUUGUUGUAAAUAAUGCACAUGAGCAAGUUCAUGAAGCUGAUUUGGCCUUUUUUUUUUGCCUUGUAGUAUUUGCACUUUAUUCUUACGCUGUCAAGCAUUGCUCCAAUGUGUCUCGCAGGAAGUCAAAGAUUAAAAAAACGCAGUCUAAAAUUAAUUUAGUUGAUUUCAGUUUCCAAAAAAAAAAUAUAUAUAUAUAUAUGGAGUGUCUUACUAUUGGCAUCACCAAAAUUAAAUAUACGGGAAAGCAUUAAAACAUAAUUUAUUUACAUUGAAAUUGCAUUUGUUGGUUUUUAAUAUGACCAUAGAUUGCCAAGAAACUACUUCAUUUUUAUGCAAAUUAUAAUGUUUUAUAUUUUAAUCCAACUCAAAAUUCUUUUCUUUUUUUGCAAAUUAAUUUGACUUCACACCGAAUUGAACCACUACUUACAAUAGACCUGUACAUAAAUGAAUUUGGUUAUGUAAAUGUAAUGCAAAGAAAUGUUGGAUGUUCAGCGCUGCUCUCUGCUUGGGUGUGUUUGCUGAUCUCAACUCAUUUUCCUGCUGUGGUUUGCAUGUGGUUAUCAUCUCUCUGACAGGUUUUUAAAUUUUUCCAGUACAUUAGCGCUUCGCACAGAUUCAUCAGUCGUUGAUUGUGUAGUUUUAUUCUUGUUAGAUAUUCAGUAUGUCAUUAUCAAAAACACGCAGCAUGUUUAUUUUUUUUGGAAAAGAUAAAUUCUUCGUUUGUCCUUACGCCAGUAAAUCUUUUGGGCAACCCAAUUUGGGAUUACGGGAAAGUAUUGUUCGGUGAAAUGCACACUUCUCUAAGUGAUUUGUUCAACUUUCAGCUGUGGAUAUGGAUUGAGUUUCUGGUCCGUUUGCUAUGACAUCAGGUGGAAUAUUUUCUGUAUAUUCUCCGUUGUGCUUUAAAAACACUUGUACUAUAUUUCUGCUUUCCCUGUAGACAAAAAAGUUUGAUGAUUUCAAGCCGUUCAAAAUGUUCGAAGUUUCACGACACUCAACAGGCUUCUACGGUUUUUCUUUCUCCUAACUGUGAACGAGUAAUUCUCUCUCUCUGGCUUCUUAGUAACUGUGUUUUAUUGUGUGGUCCGCGAGCUUCUGCCGGUUCCUCUGGUUCUUCUAUUUAAUCUGUUCUUUUGCUGCUUUUUUUUUUAUUUUUUUUUUACCAAAGUUAGGUUUCAGUAGGUGACGUUGAGGAGUGUCAAACUAUUCAUUCUGUCUGUUUGUUUGAUGUUAUCGUAAAUAAUAAAAGAGAUAUUUUUUGCACUGAAAA